GGCCCUAUGCUUUAGCAUAGAGUAGCAUUCUCUGACAUUUUUCUCAUAAAAACUCUGCAUGCUAUUCUGCAAACACAUUAUAAUGAUCCAAGCAAGGCAGAGGGCGCCCUAUCUAGCCCUCCGUUGGUUUUAGCAAUCAUUGGUUUUGUACAGUAGUUUAUGGAGUAGAGCAGAAAGCACAGAGGUCAAUGAGUAGAGUGUAGAAUCCUACACCGGUUGUGUGGUAAAAUGUUUGUUCGCAUAUCGUGCAGGGUAUAGUUUUUUUUGUAAAACCUUUAUUUGAGUGAGAAGGGGGAAGAGAGCUUAUGAAAAAGCUAUAAAGUAUUUUAUAACUUUGCAUAAUCAUAAUGCACAAGUUAAACAGUUCAAGCCGGCUACUGAGGAGUCUUCGAAGAUGUCCUACAAGCGUGCAACCGUUGUCCAGUCUCCGCCUGUAUUCUUCGGUCUCAGCCUUGAAAACGGCAGAUGGGUACCGGCCUGGUCAGAAGCUUUAUGGAUUCACAGUUGAAAAGGCGAUUCCAGUACCAGAGUUAUACAUGACAGCUGUGACCCUAUCCCAUGAUGUAACUCAAGCCAAAUACCUACAUGUAGCUCGUGAGGACAGCAACAAUGUAUUCAGUGUUGGCUUUCGAACCACUCCCAUGGACAGCACUGGUGUUCCCCACAUUCUUGAGCACACCACACUGUGUGGAUCACAGCGCUACCCCUGCAGAGACCCGUUUUUCAAGAUGCUGAACCGUUCACUCUCAACAUUCAUGAAUGCAUGGACAGCGAGUGAUUACACCAUGUAUCCGUUCUCCACUCAGAAUCCAACAGACUUCAAUAACUUGUUGUCAGUCUACCUGGAUGCAGUGUUCUACCCAAGGCUCAGGGAACUAGACUUCAGACAAGAAGGAUGGAGAUUGGAGCAUGAGAACAAUGAAGAUUCAGACUCUCCCAUUAUCUUCAAGGGGGUAGUCUUCAAUGAAAUGAAGGGAGCGAUGACCAGCCCAGAGCAGAUCUUUGCCCAGCACUGUCAGAGUAGUCUCCUCCCAAGUCACACUUACUCUCAUAACAGCGGAGGGGACCCAUUGCACAUACCUCGGUUAACUUGGCAGCAGCUUAAAGAAUUCCAUGCUACCCAUUACCAUCCUAGCAAUGCAAGAUUCUUCACGUAUGGCGACCUUCCACUCGAAGGUCAUCUUGAGGUCAUCCAGGGUCAAGCUCUGCAGUCAUUUUCCCGAAUCACGCCAGACACUGAAGUGCCUCCUGAAAAGCACUGGACACAGCCAAGGGAGAAACAUGUCCACUGUGCACCAGAUCCCAUGGCAGCUGACCCAGAGAAGCAAACCACUGUCAGUGUGAGUUUCUUGCUCAAUAGUAUAACAGAUUCUUUUGAAUCUUUCACAAUGUCUAUUUUGUCUCACCUGCUUGUGUCUGGACCCACGUCUCCUUUCUACCAAGCCUUAAUAGAAGCCAACAUAGGCUCUGCCUAUUCACCUGUUAUAGGUUAUGACGGAAGCACCAAAGAUUCUUCAUUCUCCGCUGGUCUGCAAGGCAUUAAGAAGGACGACGUAGAGAGAGUCAAAACCAUCAUACACAACACCUUUAGGAAAGUUGCAGAGACUGGAUUUGAGGAUGAGAGAAUUGAAGCCGUUCUUCAUAAGAUAGAGAUUUCUCAGAAACACCAGAGUACUACGUUUGGCCUCAAUCUCAUUGCAUCCCUCAUGCAGAGCUGGAAUCACGACACAAGCCUGGCCGACAUGCUAAGGGUCAACGAGAACGUAGAGCGUUUCCAGAAGUGCCUCGCGGACAACCCAAGAUUCCUCCAGGACAAGGUGGAAGAGCACUUCCUGAAGAAUGACCACAAGUUGACCUUAACGAUGACCCCUAAAGACGACUACAAGGAGGAGCUUGAACAGGAAGAGGAGAGGAUUCUGGGUAGUAUGGUGGCAGAGUUGAACAGCGAGGAUAAACAAGUUAUUUAUGAUAAGGGGCUUGAGCUAGCAAAUGAGCAGAAUGAAGAAGAGGAUCUGUCAGUCUUGCCCACGCUAAGAGUUUCUGAUAUCGAGCCUGAACUGAAGAGGACAUCACUGGAUGUCAGACAGAUCGAUGGCGUACAUGUCCAGUGUUGUGAACAACCUACGAAUGGUAUAACAUAUUUCCGUGCCGUAGCGUCUCUGCAAUCCGUACCUGAUGAUCUUCUUCCAUUCGUUCCCCUGUUCUGCAACGUCAUCACAAAAAUGGGGGCAGCAGAUAUGACCUUUAAUGAGUUUGCGCAAUGGGAGGAGCUUAAGACAGGAGGCUUGAUGAUUGGCAGGCACAUCUGUCAACAUCCGGACGAUGUCUUAAUGUUUGAGCAGGGAGUUACCUUGAAUUCCUUCAGCUUGGAUAGAAACUUCAAGGAUAUGUUCUCCCUUUGGACUGACAUCUUCAACAGUCCCAAUCUUGAGGAUAUGGAUCGACUCACCACUCUAGUUCGUAUGAGGGCGUCGGAGCUUGCUAUGUCAAUUCCAGAUAUGGGUCAUGCCUACGCAAUGAAACAUGCUGGUAGCUCGCUGUCACCGGUUGGCAGAAUUCAAGAAAUAUGUGGUGGCAUGACGCAGGUAAGCUUCAUGAGAACAAUCGCUGAAUCUUCCGAUUUGACAAACACAAUGAACAAAUUGAGGCAAGUGGCAGCGUUGAUUCUAAACAAGAAAACUAUGAGAUGUGCACUGAAUUCUGGCCCUGCAUUCAUGGACAAAGCGUUGAGCAACUUGGAGAAUUUCCUUGGUUCCCUGCCUGGUAAGGCGGAACAGACAGGGCUCCCUCUACUGACCAAGGUUGAUAGCUUCAACCCCGAGUGUUUGAAGACGCAUUUUGAGCUUCCCUUCCCAGUAAACUAUGUCAGUCGAGGAGUACAGGCUGUUCCUUACACACACACAGAUUUUGCUAAGUUGAGGAUACUAGCAAGGCUUAUGUCCUCAAAAUUCCUUCAUAGGGAAAUACGAGAAAAAGGUGGCGCAUAUGGGAGUGGAGCAUCGAUGGGAACUGAGGGAUCAUUUAAAUUCUACUCGUACAGGGAUCCCAAUUCUUUGCAGACGUUAGAGGCAUUUGACAGGUCUGUUGAGUGGGCCAUAGAAGGCCCGUUCAGCCAACAAGAUAUUGAUGAGGCAAAGCUGUCAGUAUUUUCUGCUGUUGAUGCGCCCGUUGCUCCAUCCGAUCAAGGCAUGACUCUCUUUACAUCUCACAUCUCUGACGAUAUGAGACAGGAGCAAAGAAGGAGGAUGUUUGCCCUUACCAAAGAGGACCUGCAAACUGUUGCACAAAAGUACCUUGCCCAUGAGGCCCAGAUGGACUCAGUUAGCUUUCUUGGUCCUGAGAACCUAGCAACGACAUCUGAUAAAUGGAACGUCCACAGAGAAAGCAGUUGAGGAAAGGAACUAGACUAGGCUUCAAUUAAAGGAACACGUUGCCUUGGAUCGGACGAGUUGGUCUAUAAAAAGCGUUUGAAUCCGUUUGUUAUAAAA